GCUACUGUCGAAGCAGAGAAGGGGAUCUUGAAUGGAGUUACAGUAGCAACUUCUACCGCUGGUUAUUCUGGCACAGGCUAUGUUCAAGGCUUUGUCGCAAGCAAUGACAAUGUCACACUCACCAUCUCGAACGAGAGUGAAGCUUUGUAUGAUAUCGUGGUAAGAUACGCAGCGAUAUACGGAGGAAAACAGACUACUAUGUCCUUGAAUGGUGGAGGCGGUGCUGAGGUUGUGCUUGCGGAUACGACGACUGCCGCCUCGCCUUGGGCAAAUGCUACAGCAGGACAAGUUCUCCUCAAUGCUGGAAAUAACACUGUUACUUUCAUUGAUGACUGGGGCUGGUACUUCAUCGACUGCAUUUAUGUAACUCCGUCACCACCACCUCAACCCCACAAAGUCAGCAAAAAGCUUGUGGCUCCAAAUCCAUUACCUGUUACGCAGGCAUUGUUUGAGACGUUGCUGAACAAGUAUGGCUCUGGUGAGAUAUUUUCCGGUCAAGCAGAUCCUACAGGUGUUACUUGGCUUGAGCAGAAUGUCGGUAAGACGCCAGCGAUUAUUGGCUUAGACAUGAUCGACUACAGCCCAACUCGUGUUGAGUAUGGUGCCAAUAGCACUGCUGUUGAAGAUGCAAUAGAAUUCGAUGCCAGAGGUGGCAUGGUCGCGUUUCAAUGGCAUUGGAACGCUCCAGCCGAUCUCAUCAACAAUGCCACUGUUCCUUGGUGGGACGGAAUAUACACCUACGGCACAACUUUCAAUCUCACAGCUGCCUUAGCCAAUCCCAAUGGAACAGACUACGGGUUACUUCUUCACGAUGUGGAUGCCAUCGCUGUCGAACUCUUGCGCCUUCAAGCAGCAAAUAUUCCCAUCAUCUGGCGACCACUCCAUGAAGCAGAUGGAGGAUGGUUUUGGUGGGGAGCAUGGGGGCCAGAAAGUUGCAAGACGCUUUAUCGCCUGAUGUUCGACCGCUAUACCAAUUACCACGGUCUCCACAAUCUGAUCUGGCUUUGGAACUCUGUGACUCCAAGCUGGUAUCCGGGCGCAGACGUCGUUGAUAUCUUAGGCUAUGAUUCUUACCCCGCAGUUGGUGAUCACGGCCCUGUCGACGCCCAAUAUCAAGACUUGAUUGCUCUUGGGCUUGAUGAGAAAAUGGUGACUUUGCCGGAAGUGGGAAACAUACCCGAUCCAACACUCUUAAAGCUAUAUCAUGCCGACUGGAGCUACUUCGUCACAUGGGAUCAAGACUACAUUACCACGGAUACUUACAACAACUUGACCUUCAAGAAAGCUGUUUAUGACGAUCCGACGGUGUUGAAACUUACUGAUCUGGGUGAUUGGAAAGGCACAGCGACGGUUUCUCAUACCGCCAGUAUUCCUUCAACAACAGUCACACAGACUCUGUCCAGUUCGAGCAGCGACAUGCUUUCGUCCACUGUCGCUUCGGCAUCGAAGAGUAUAAGUAGCAGCGCUACGCUUUCGUAA